CUCUAAACUAGUCAUCAACCUCUUGAACCCCAUCCUCCCGCUUCUGGUCCAACGCUAUUAAAUUCCACCAUGGCUGACCGAUUUCCCUCGCUAGAGGACCUCGAUUCCGCUCCGAUCGGCGUUGCUCCCGCGGACUCGUCAGCGUCGAACUUCCUGGACCGCGAACGCGCCGCCCUCGGUGAUGAUGCCGAUCAGUUCGCAUCUACAAACGACAACAUCGCCACCGUCGAAGACGCCGGCGACGACGACCUCCUCGGCGGCGGCGACCACGCCUUUCCCACCGGCGUCGUCGCGGACGACAUGUCUGGCUUCGAGAACAGCUUUCCUGCCAUUGACACCACCAACGAGCACAUGGCCCCUGGCGGCACAAUCACCGGCACCACCGCCCCCUUCCUCCCCGGCGCCCCCGCCGUGAGCACUAGCACCUUCACCGACGAGCCCGAGCCCGAGGUGAUCCGCACGUGGCGCGAGACCCGCGACGCCCAAAUCGCCAAACGCGACGCGAUCUCCUCGGACCGCAAAGCCACGACCGUCCGCGACGCGCAGGUGUCGAUCGACGAGUUCUACGAAAACUACAACACGAAGAAGGAGAAGGGCUUGGCGCAGACGCGGCGGGAGGCGGAGGAGUUCUUGGAGGGACGGGAGGAUACGGCGGCGGGGGGGACGAGUUGGGAGCGGAUUGCGAAGUUAGUGGAUUUGAGUGGGAAGGGAACGGUAGGGGGAGCGGGGGGAAGUGGGAAGGAGAGGUUUCGGGAGUUGUUGGUAAGUUUGAGGAAGGAUGAGAAGGCGCCGGGGGCGAGUGGGUAUUAAAUUCGGAGAGCGGACGGGGUUCGAAGGGGAGCGAGAGGGAUAUGUGUGAUAUGAGCCGGAGAGACAUGGCAAUGGAGCGAUCAAGGGCUGAUUGUAAUGUAUUUCGUCACCUUUGUAUAUCACCGACGUGUCGAGGCGAACCGGUGCAUGUGUGGAUUUUACCGACGGGAAUCGAAAAAGAUAGUGUUUAAAUUGGGCCUCAGACCGCUUGCUACAAUGUAUAUGGCUACCGCUUGA